AUUUCAUUUUACUGUCCAUCCCAUUGCACACUACUGUACUAUUCAUUUGGCAGAAACGGAUUUUUUAUUUCUUUUCAAAAAGCAGUCCCUAUUCUUGCAUUCUUGACCAUUCAGACCCCGUACCAUAGAUGAGCACCUACAAUCCACUGUAUGGUCCUGAUCCAAUCCUCAACCCUCCUGACGCACCGCCGCGGUCAGCAUCAAAGGGCAUUCUGCUAGAGACCGAGGAGCAGAUUCCACCUCCCACUGUGACUGUGGAUGGGCUGAGCCAAAAGGCGGCAGAAGCGGAAGGAGGUCAUGUCGAAGGGCAAGGGAUCUCCAAAAGACUGGCGGGUGCAACAUUACAAGGAGUCGGGGAUCCUGUUGCACCUCCCAAUGAGGCGGUUGAGAAUCUGACAAGGUUAUUUGCAAAGGAUGAUACAAAAGACCCUACUGUCCCCAUCGUCGAUAUCCAUCCUGAUGGCGCUGCGACCGUUGAAUGUAUCCCUAGUAUGGAAGGUCUGGAGGCAGAAGAGUCAACUUCCUCUCCUGCAUCUGUUACAAGGGUGCAUGAGGCACCGUCUGUGGAUAUUCCUCCCAGUACGGCACCCUCCAGUAGAGGCGACACUGCACGCGCCUCACCGGAUGAAAGCACGCUGGCAGAGUCCCAAACAUCAGAACACACCGUACCUGGUGAAAAAGUCCACUUGACGCAAGCCGAACGGGACACCGCUCUCCCUCCACCCCCCGAGUCCGAAUCUGAUCUAGCCAGCGCAACGACAGCAGCAGGAGUUCACCCCGCUGAAGCCAAAUUACAAACUGAAGCUUCGCAAAUACCUUAUGCAUUCUCCAGAGCGGCAGCAUUGCAAGAGAAAUUCAAAAUCCUCGAAUCACCCAUAUCGGGUAUACCGGGGACAAAAGAGAACCCUACCCCGACAGAAGAAUCGCUUUCCGGGACUUACAGAAGUGCUUCAAGGAGCCACAAAGAGAUGCAAGAAAAGAUUUUACCCGGCCUUGCACAGUUUCUGAUGACGUUUGACCCGUUUAUAAACAUUGCUGGUGUAACAGCAAUGGGUCUCGCGGGCUGGUUGAUUGGCACAUGGGGUUGGAGCUGGAUUUGGACGAUCAUGGCUGGCAUUUGCCUAGCCCUCUACGUAAUCAAGAUUCGAACAACCAUGUCCCGUGCUGUAGAUUUCGAGAGGAAGCGGAAUGAAACGACAUUGCAUUUGGGUGAUAAUGUAGAGACAGCCGAAUGGGUCAACUUUUUCCUAGCCCAAUUAUGGCCCAUUAUUGAUCCUGCAUUAUUUACUGCGGCGAUUGAUACCCUUGAGGACCAGUUUGUUGCUCAAGCCCCGUCUUUCAUUACUCGUAUCCGCAUUGCGGAUUUUGAGCUUGGACCUCGAGCGCCUAGGAUUACGAGCUUGCAGGUGUACCCCCAAGCUAGCGGUGAAGAUGCAAUCUUAAUGGACCUAACGGUAGCCAUGCACCCGUCCCCACAAGAGAUUGCCUCCCGAACUCGCCUAAACACGCACAUCCUGGUCGAAAUCCACCUCGGCCACCCAAAGCUCGGGUCCGUCACUGUUCCCAUUAUGGUCGAAGAAGCUGGAUUUGAAGCGCAGAUCCGAGUCUGGUUGAAGAUGACCAGCAAAGCGCCUUUUGCAAAAACGUUAAAAUUCACAUUAUUGAACAAACCACAGUUGGACUUUUCGAUUCGGCCGUUGAAAUUGGGGAACAUUAUGAACAUGCCACUGAUUUCGCAGUUUAUCAUGACCGUUUUGGAUCAGACGAUCCAAGAUAUGCUCGUUAGCCCCAAAGUGAUGGCCCUUGAACUUGAUCGUCUUUUGCUAGGGGACGCCGCUAUAGCCGAUACCCGUGCAAUCGGUGUAGUCAAAAUCGUUUUCCGCGCGGCCAAACACCUUCGUGCGGCAGACUGGACGGGCACUUCCGACCCGUACGCUACUCUCUCUUUCGGAAACUCUACACACUUUUUAUGCCGCACACGUAUCAUUCCCAAAGAUCGUCACCCGGUUUGGAACGAAACCCACUAUGCUGUCAUUACCGAGGACGAUGUCAAGAAUGGGUUCCCGCUUAGUGUCAAAGUUUGGGAUUUCGACGCCAUGAGCAGGAACGAUGUGUUGGGACAGUUUGAUAUUCGCACGGAAGAGGUUGUGGACUCUGACGGAAUAGUGUUUGAUGGAUGGAAGACGCUCCUCAGGAAAAACACCACAGAAGACGGAAAAGAUAAAGAGGAAAAGCUGGCCAGAAAUGGAAAGCUGAACUUUCAGAUUGGGUUCUACCCCAAGCUGGAAGCCAAGAAUAGGAAAGAGGAUGCACAAAAAUACACGUCAGGGAUUCUCGCAGUCCAGGUGCACCAAGCUCUGGAUCUGAUUCUCCGACCCAAAGACCGGGACGGUGUCUAUCCAUCCCCUUACGUCCAUGCCUACGUGAACGACCAACGCGCGUUUUCGACUCGAAUCAAGUUCCACAACCCGUCUCCAGUUUGGGCAGGCAGCAAUGAAUUCUUUAUCCGAGACUGGAAAAGCGCCGUCUUCCGCCUUGUCGUGAAAGACGCCCGUCAACACGAACAUGAUCCUGUCAUUGGCGUUGUUGUGCUUCGUUUGGCGGACGUGUUUAAGAACACGGAUGAUAUGGUUGCGUCUUCUUGGUAUGAGUUGAAAGGCGGUAUUGGAUUCGGGAAGGUUAGGAUGAGUAUGGCGUUCAGGAGCGUGAAACUGCAAGAAGAGAGGAAUAUGAAGGGAUUCGGCGUUGGAGAGCUGGAGAUUAAGCAGCUGGGCAUUCGUGGAUUGGAUGCUGUGACAAAGUCGGACACACCUCCACCCCAUAUUUGCAUCAAAGUCCGUUCUCCGCUCACCACACCCAGCAAGGUUACCACGCACAUCAGCAAGGAAGCAACUUUUGCACCAACAUACGAUGAAACCUUCAACAUCAAAGUAAAAUCUCGAUACCAAUCAUCUCUCCGCUUUGAAGUACACCAAAAAGGCAUGUUUGGAUUCCGUGAUAAGGUUCUCGCCAUUGGAAAAAUGUAUCUGCAAGACCUUGUAGACAAUGAGGAACGUCAAGUUGUUCUUGCAUUGAAAAAAUGGCGAAGGAAUAAAGGAAAGACGGAUUUGGAUCUUGAAGAUCAUAUGGGAACGACCGACAAGACAGUACUGGCACAGGAAAGCGAGAAAGAGACCAAAUACGUUCCACAGGGAGAGGAAGCUGUUAAACACGGGCUUGCAACCGACAUUAGUGGAAACAAGGAAGAGGGCACCGGCAUUGCUUCACCGAAUCCUCAUCAAGGUCUCGAUGAGAACGAUCUUGCCCCAGCAGCAGAUGGUAAAAUGUCUCCACCUAAAUCUCCGGACACAGACAGCGAAAGCGACCCCAAUGAAGUCAUGAUUGACGACGAUUCAGAUGCAUCCUCCACCGCUUCCUUUUCUAUGGACGAGACCGACUCUUCCUCCAUCCACACUGCCGACUUUGAAUCGGUUACUUCAGUCACAUCGCCGGAACUUUACUUUACCGCAGUCUUCCGUCCUGGACGGCGAUGGAUUGAUAACCCCCGGGAAGGCGAAGACCUUGAAAUUGAUCUCUUGCAGCCAAGCUCUCCAAGCGAAACUGAGGAAACCACAGGAGAAAAAGACCAAACGUCCAAAAAGCUUUUUACGCUUGGCGCUGCGACCACUUCCAAUGUGAGCAACGAAAAAGGUGGCAAAAAGUCGGAAUCCACCCGAGAGGAUUCAAGGCUGCCGGGGAACAAACUGACGAGGACGUUGGAGUGGAGCAAAGAUACAGUUAUUGAAGGAGUCAAGAGUACACGGUUGUGGAAGAGGAGUUCAAAAAAGAGUUUGGUGAACGAAGGCACCGAAUUUUAAAAGUUUGAUAUGUGUGCGAUGGUUCCAACAUUUUUUUUUUUUGUGCAUAUACAGGCAGCUGUUUGUUUUGUCGUGUAAAGUUUUGUUUUAGUUCUAGUUCUUGUAAAUGUCGAAUGCAACA